UUGGUAGGGUGUUGCACGUGGUUCGAAUAUUCGUUCGACGCCGACGAUAAGCGAUAUUUUGUUUUGAUUCGCAUAUAGUGACCGGUGCGCGCGAUCGUAUUCACAGGUCGGCGGGACGUCGUGAAAAUUUCGUCUACGGUCGAUAAUUAUAAACAGCGACACGAAAGGCGACCGCAAACCCUUCCCGCACUUCGCUGCGCGGCUGGCGAGGAGCUACCGGGAAAAACGAAGUUACCGUGAAGUGAGCGAACGGAGGGAAGGCGCGGAGGCGCGGAGGCGGCGGAGCGCGGGAAGUCGAGAGGAGAGAGGACAGUAAAGUUUUGAGCCAAGAGCUGCGCGAGAAGUUGCGCGUUGUUCAGUACAUUGAAACCUUGCGCCAUGUUAGUCGGUCGCUCAGUCGCGCGCCAACUCUCGAAUCGUUUGUGCAUGCGUUGCCUCGCGUAAUCGUCCAACAGUUGUCUACGUUGACCAGUAACGGUGUUGUGUGCAAGCGUUACGAUUGUUUACUAUUUUCUUUUUUUUUCUCUUUCUUCCUUUCUUUUUCUAUUCGAGAAAAAAUUUUACCCAUCGCGCUCCGAGACGCAACGAUCGAACUCUGCGCAAAUCGAAUGGAAUAGUCGAUUUUUAAUAUCAUUAACGAGAGGUCGUUCCGUAACUCGAGGGAAUGAGAAACGACAGUCUCCGAUCGGUAUUAUAAUAUAUGAAAUUGGAAAACUCGCUCGAAAAUUAAUUCGCCGAUUGACGGGGUGGAAUAUAAGGGAUAGAGUCGUUGGUUGGAAUCGAUAGUUAGCGCAGAGAUGACAAGCGUGGAAGAGCUAAGCUGAAGGUAAUCGUGUGAGACGCGAGUGAGCAGAGAUCGGGUACGCCUCCCUCCUACUUGGUUCCAUCGAACGCACUGGUUUCUUGACAGUAACGUGCUACGUGCGGAGGCGAGCGGUUGCACUCGUGUUCGAGGAGGCGCGGUAUCGUCCAAAACUGUAAACAGUGCCCGUGCAGUUCGCAGAUAAAUAAAAAGAGACUAUCGUAGAAGAAGCCGGUAGUAGGAAAGCGAUUGGAAAAAUGAAGAUCGUCGCAUCUCGUAACAUACCAGCUUCCGCAACGUGGUGAACAUUGUUUUAUUACUCGUGGUAAACCAAUCGAAGGACGCAAGUGUCAGUUCUCGAAGCGUGUCGAUUGAUUUAAUUAGCGAAGGGAUCGAUUCGAUUGAUACGCCAAGAGGAAGAACUAGAUAAAUGCAGUUGCAGUGAUAUGCGCGAGUCAGUGGCGCGUAAUAGUGCGGUUAUCGAGAAAAUUCUCUUUAAUUAGUCGAUUAUGGAGUCACCCGUGAUGUACGAGUCGGCGGCCCACCAGUCGCAGGCCCAGGUGGGGCCUGCCGAGUUGAAAAAGUCACCGCAGGUGAUGAACAACAAUUCCGCCCUGCAGGUGAACCACAACCAGCAGCAAAGUUCCGGAACCGGUGGCACCGGUGUGAGCAAGGUUUCCGCCAGCAAGGCGAGUCUCCACCAACAGUACGCGGAGCAUUGCGCGGCGGCUGGAGAACUCACGGAUCUGAAUACCCCGGAGAUAUCUCUGGACCUCCAGCAUCUCAUAGACGAUUCUCAUUUCAACGACGGCCUCCUCGACAUGCUGGGCGGAGGGCCCGGCAACGGUGGCGGAAACCCGCCCGGCGCCAACGGGGCGCAGGGCAACAACGGGAUGAAGCACUCGAGGAAUCCCGGAUUCCCACCGAGAACCACCCUCGCCUACAUGCCCCAACCCGUCCACAGCGGCGCCAGUUAUCACCAGGGGAGCAACAGCUGCAGCGACAGCAACAGCUCGAGUUCGGAAUCUCCGAGUAUAAAGGAAGAGCCGCUGGAUCCCGCGGAUUACAGGCGCCACUGCCCGCAGUAUCCCGCGGGAGCGGGGCCCACCUACAGUCCGGCGAACGGCGCGGGUCCCUUCGCGAACGGCGGACCGACCUUCACCACCCUGACGCCGAGCACGGUGCCCGGGGGCCACCCCCAGUCGAGAGGGCCGAUGAAAAACGUCAUGUCCCACCAGCACCAGCACCAGCAACACCACCAGCACCAGCACCAGCACCAGCACCCGCAAAACGCCGCGGCGGCGGCGGCCGCGGCCGCGAGGAAACAGUCGAAGAGCAUCGACAAGGCGAGCGACGAGUACAGGCGUCGCAGGGAGAGGAAUAACAUAGCGGUGAGGAAGAGCCGCGAGAAGGCGAAGGUGCGCUCCAGGGAAACGGAGGAGAAGGUGAAGCACCUCGUGAAAGAUAAUGAUCUGCUGAAGAAGAGGAUCGAACUCCUCACGGAGGAGUUGACCGUGUUGAAGUCGCUGUUCAGCAGCGUCGGCGUUGUACCUGAACAGCUUCACAGGGAGAUCUCGAGGCACCUGGACCACUUCCAACAACACGCGGUCGGGCCCAUGUAGCGAUGGCCCAGGCGUUCUACGAAUCCUACCGAGGUGUCUGUCGCACCUUUGGACCUCCACUUACACUUCCGCGAGCCACGCGAAUCGCGAAACACCAUCGAGCACGACGGUAUGGCGAAACGGAGACUGCGGGAGUCGACGAUUUGUCGCGCUAUUGCAGCGGGUCGGGGGAAGACGUCACGACGGUUCUGAGCCUAAUGAUAUCGCUCGACGAUCGAAUGUCGAUCGGUUGUCGCGCGCGUGUGACGAUGUUUUAUGCAGGUCGACGAAAUCAAAGAAAAUUAUACAUGUUCAAUCAACAAUACUCACGAUUACGCGCGCUUGCCGCACUCGCGUUAGCGUUGCCUCCUCCUCAUCGUACGUCGUUCGCUUCGCCCGACUGCGUCCGACAUCUUUCCCUACCUUAUGUUAGCGUAUGUAAUGGGAUUACGGGUUCCCCGCGAUUCGAGGGACGCGCGAGGUGGCCGCACGAGGCGUCGAUGCGACGUCCUCUCAGCCCUGUAACGCACACUUACCCACGAAACCGCCAUUUUAUGAUCUCCUCAAGAUGUCCUCGGUGGUUUCUCGUUGCCUUUUUUAUACAAAAUCUGUGAUUACGGUCGGGGCUGGGGGAGGAAAUCGCCCUUUCGUCGGUCCCCUUUGUUAACGAUCCCGUCUCGUCGGAUCUUCGUCGUCUACCUGCAGCACAGUUGGCGUUUCGCCUGAUUACCAAAAUCGUUCUUUCGCAUAGGUAUGUUACCAUUACUAUACCCGUUAUCACCGGGUAUAAACACUUACAUAUACCGCACUGUAUAUACAUUAACAUAUACGUAUAAUUAUAUCAUACGCGUUUUUUUUUUUAAAAAGAAAACGCAACAGAAGACUGGGUGAUGGUCUCUAAAUCGAGAUUUAAAUACCUGCACAGAUCGUUCGACGAUUUAUAUACAUAUAUACAUAUAUAUAUAUAUACAUUAUACAAAACAAUAACGAUAACGAUAAUGAUAAUUGUUACACACUUAUGGUAUACGUGUAAGGUAUAUAGAUAGGCAUAUUUAUAUAAAUAAAUGUACACAUAUAAAGAUGAUAUAUUAUUUUAAGAAGUUCGUAUCGAUUAUGCAUAUAAUACAUAUAUGUAUAUGUAAUUAUGUUAUAAUUGUAUAUUCCGUUCAUGGCGUUGUGAUUACGUACGGUUAUUAUUUUUAAUAUUAUUGUUACCAUUAUUAUAAAAACCCAUAUGAAUAAUACAAUAGUUCAUUUAAAAUCGUAUAAAAAUCCUGUCUACCCAUAUGAACUCGCAUCUUUGCAUCGGUCUCCCUAUACCCCGCCGGGCCCACCUCUCAACUUACACAUAUGAAUUAGGUACAUUAUUUUCAACAUUUCGCACAAACUUAUGUCUCGCCUGCAAUGAAGCGUAAUAUAUUCGCGAUUAAGAAAAAAAAAAGAAGAAUGAAUAAAUAAAUAAAUAAAUAAAGCCAAGUACAGCCAUCACGUACCGAUAUACAUGCAUAAUACAUACGCAAUAUAUACAGAUGAAACGACAUCACCGCGCCGCGUACAAAUAUUAACGUCAUUAUUAAUUUAUAUAAAAGAAAAAUAAAAGAAAAUUGAAUAAAUAUAAUUUAAAAAAUUUAAAUAAAUGAUAAAUAGCUCAUAGUCUGUGUAGUUGAAAAUCAUAUAUAAUUACAUAUAGUCAUUGUAUAUUUAUGAUAAUGAUUUACAUCGUUUUUAACUAUACGUAUACGUACAUAUAUCAUAAUUAUUUGGUAAUACAUUACCCGCAUUAUCGUGUACAAUUUUUAAUUACCUAAUGUAAUAGAUGUAAUAAUACUAAUGAUAAUGAUAAUAAACACGCGCGCCCGUAUACGUCGAUGUAGAAUUUCAAUCGAGAUUUGAACGUGUAUUCACGAUUACGUUUUUAUCUUGAGCCCCGAUUCGAUACUGUACUAUAUAUAAUUCUCAUCAUCCGCAUCCAAUAACCUGUUGUAUUAUCAUAUACCUAAUCGUUACAAAUAAUUAUAAUAAAGAAUUUCAAUACAAAAUCUACGUAUUAGAUAUAAUAUAUGCAAACAUAUACAUAUGCGUACGAAUACAUAUAUAUAUUUAUAUAUAUAACUUCGAUCAGAGAAUUACCUUAUAGUUUUAAUAAUAUUAUAAUUGUUGUAAUUAUAGUAUAAUAAUUGAAUAUUUUACCGUUAGGGAUAUUACGAUUAAAUAUAUUUUAUUUGGACGCACCUCGGUAUAGGAAUAUAACCGAACGAUAUUUUUGUGAUGUCUGGUUGAUCGAAUGAUUAAUCACUACAUGACCAUAAUUAUACGUUCAAUUUCACGUUGCAUACCUGUAGCAGGUGUCGUCCAGUUGAGUUACCGUAACGUGUGAAGCGGGCUUCAUUUGUUCAUUUGUUUGAUUGUUGAUUGAUAAGUGUAUAAGACAGAGCGAUUGAGUUGUUUCACGUUAAAGAUUGAAGAGAAUAAAGUUAAUUGUAAAUUAGACAAAAAAAAAAACAGAAAAAAAAAAAGAGAAAAAUGUAAUAAAUAAUUAUCGUUACGUAAUUGAAGACGGAAAGCGAAAAUACUAAAAACAAAAAAAAAAACAUAAUAAAACAAAAGAAAAAAAAAUUAUCAUAAAUAUAUUAUUAAUGGAGAGUGAUUGAAAAUUGUUGCGCGAAUGAGUAAUCAUAUGUAAGAAAUAAUGCCGUGUACAUGUAUAAUAUAAUGUAUAACGUACGGUGAGAUUAUAACCGUAAUUGUAAACGGUUAUACGUUUAUAAUACUUGUCUAUAUGCACAAAUAUAUUUUGAUAUAAAAAUUUAAAA